CACUAUCGUUUCUUCCUUCUCUAACCAUUAAGCAAAGCAAACUCUCACAAUCGCAUUAAAAUUGCACACAGAGAGACUGAGAAGAAGACUCAACAACCAUACUACCCCACAACACACGCUACUUCACUUUACCUUCUCUAGUUCUCUUCCCACCUUCUCACACUCUCAUUCCAUUUUACCACCAAAAACACAAACCCUACUGUUUCUCUUUCUCUCUCAGAGCACCAUGGAUUCAAAAUCCAUCUAUGGUGUCUCCGUCUCCAAUUUCAUCACCGUCUUCCUCCUCUUCAUCCUCCCAUUCCAUUCUGCAUUACCUCAUAACUCCACCACCGUUCAGAUCAACUCGAACUCCAUCCUCGUUGCGCUUCUUGAUUCUCAUUACACAGAACUCUCUGAACUGGUUGAAAAGGCGCUUCUUCUUCAGAAACUCGAAGAAGCUGUUGGGAAACACAAUAUAACUAUCUUCGCUCCUAGAAAUCAAGCGCUAGAACGUGACCUAGAUCCUGAAUUCAAACGGUUUCUUCUUGAGCCGCGUAAUUUGAGGUCACUUCAAACGCUUUUGAUGUCUCACAUUCUUCCUUCCAGAAUCGCUUCACACCACUGGCCAAAUACCGAUCUCCACCACCAUACACUCUCUCACCACCGUCUUCAGUUAACCACAAAUCCUUCCGGGAAGCAAUCUGUUGAUUCCGCUGAGAUCCUUAAACCCGACGACGUUAUCCGCCCUGACGGUGUUAUCCACGGAAUCGAACGUCUCAUUAUCCCUCGCUCCGUACAAGAGGAUUUCAACCGGAGAAGAAAUUUAGCUGAUAUAUCAGCGAUUCUCCCGGAAGGAGCACCGGUGGUAGAUCCACGAACUCACAGAUUGAAAAAACCGGUUUCCGUCCCAGCCGGAGCUCCACCGGUGCUACCAAUCUACGAUGCAUUGGCUCCUGGACCGUCUCUAGCCCCGGCGCCGGCUCCAGGACCGGGAGGACCACGUCAUCACUUUAACGGAGAACGUCAGGUGAAGGAUUUCAUCCACACACUCUUACAUUACGGAGGUUACAAUGAAAUGGCGGAUAUUCUCGUUAACCUAACGUCGCUUGCAACGGAAAUGGGACGUUUAGUUUCGGAAGGUUACGUUCUCACCGUUUUGGCACCAAACGACGAAGCAAUGGCGAAGUUAACCACCGAUCAAUUGAGUGAACCAGGUGCACCGGAACAAAUCAUAUACUACCAUAUAAUUCCGGAAUAUCAAACGGAGGAGAGUAUGUAUAACGCCGUUAGAAGAUUCGGUAAAGUUAGUUACGAUACACUCCGUUUGCCUCAUAAGGUUGUUGCUCAGGAAUCUGACGGUUCCGUUAAAUUCGGUCACGGUGAUACUUCCGCUUAUCUCUUUGAUCCUGAUAUUUUCACCGACGGGAGAAUCUCCGUUCAGGGAAUUGACGGUGUACUUUUACCUCCGGAGGAAGAAAAGGAAGAUGAAUCACCAAUUCGCCGUGCAAAAACUCCACUUGUUAAAGUUGCUGCUAAACCAAAGAGAGGGAAAUUGCUGGAACUCGCUUGUAGCAUGGUUGGAUCUUUUGGAAGAGUCUGCUCAUGAAAUCGCUUUCUCAACUAAUCGCUUUAAAAUAGAAAAAAAAAUUAUAAUAAAAAAAGAGUGAAUUUAUGUAAACUUGAUGAAUGUUGUAGAGUAAUCAUUUUCAAUACAAAAGUGAAGCGAUUGAGUUGCAAGAUUUCGGUGGGAACUCACACAGAAGAUAGCAAAAUUUUCUGUCAUUUUGUUUCAUACUGUAAUUACAUAUCAAUUUUUUUAUUAAAUUUUUAUUUUAUGUGGAUUCACUGUCUCUGUAUGCAUAAAUAACUUUCAAAUA